CUACAUCAACAUUUACGAUGCGGAAAAGAUGUGCGCAGACGACGUUUAUUCGUUUUGCCCUAUAAAUGCGCCGAUAUUCUGAAUCACGUUUAGUUAAUUUUGCUUCUCACGGUGAGAUACAUCAAUUAAUAAUAAAAUCGGUCAAACGCACGAGUGUUUUUAAUAAACCAUGGAGGAUCAAUUUCGAUAUGUGUUCUGGUUGGCCGUACUAGUGAUGAUCACUGCAGCUCGAAGCAUAACUUCUUGUUCGUGCCAUGAUAAAUGGAAACACGUGCUUACCACGAAUACGACUGGACAAGCCACGUUCGGGUCGAAAGCCAACCUGACAACCGCCGUCUUAUCUGGCUCGGACGUCAGAAUCCUCCUGACUUCAGACAGCUACUUAACCAGCGUUCAGAACGUGAAAACGACUGGCGUCAAUGUUUGCGGCCAGGCCCUGAUGCAUAUAAGCAAAGCGAGCUACGAUUCCUUUCAGGAUAAGGCUUACUGGUGGUUUAUUAGCGUGUGCACAACGGGUCAGGUCCAGAUGAACCGCUAUUACGUCGGAAACCACGUUUCAAACGGCAUUAAUAAGAUGACGUAUGAAAUCAAGUGGUUUAUCAGAGACUUCACGGAAAAGGCACUGAGCCAUAACAUCAACGGGGCUGCCAAUUUUGGAAGUGUCACCAAUGUCAUCGAUGAUGUAGACGUAGGAAGUGAUGUACGCGUAGUGUUUGAUGAUUAUGCGGCCACCAUGAACAGUGUACAGCAGAUUGGCGAUAACAAGGAUCUGGUCAUUGGGCAAGCUGUCUGGCACAUCAGUCAAAAGACGGUAACACCCAACAUCGAGUUCCAAGGCAACGACUAUUGGUGGUUCACCAAUUGGGCCACUGACGGCACCUUGGCCGCCUCCCGUUGGCAGAUAGGGGACCAUAUCAGUCGCGGGGAGUCAACGGAAGCACAGGGUUUGACAUGGUUCACAGACAACUGCUGGAUGCUGGUGUACCAACACGACGCAGCCGGAAAUAGGGUGCAGGGGUCACUCGACUUGCUUCGGUCGGCUGUAUUACAAGGACACCGCGUCAAGGUCAUGUUCGACUCCAUAUCCGCCGAACCAGAUGAGGUGUCCGUACAGGGUGGCCACGUGAGCUCCGUCUUGAUCAGUAUGGUGGUCAGGAGUCCUAACGACAUCCGGGCAUUCAACCAAAGCGGAAUGUGGGACUGGAGAAUAUUAACCACGACGGGAACAGAGACAACACUUAAAGUUAAUGUUGGCGAAUACGUAGAACAAGGUCGAACAACCGGAACGAAAGCUGUAAGCUGGUUUAUCGACUCACGUCCGUGGGUUCAGGUACUUGUAAACAGCAAGACCGGAAGUGUCCUGUCUGGAAGCAAAGCGGCUCUUGUCAGCGCGGUGCAUUCGGGGGCAAGGGUGCGCUAUGUUCUCAGCUUUGACCCAUCGACCUCCGAUGUAGCGGUACACGAGGCAGAUAAUCUGGCGGUGAGCGGAAGCGAGGUCAGCGCCGCUCACAUUCGCUCUGUAAGUCUAUCAAGUUUUCCGACGGAAGUAAAGUUCCAGCCAAAGCCUUAUUGGUGGUUCACACAGUCUACGACAACCGGAAAGGUGGACAUGUCCCGUUGGACGGUUGGGGAACACGAGGGCCGCGGUCACACAAGUGCCACGGCUCAGAUCACAUGGUUCGCAAACUACUGAGAAAACGUUGAAUCGA